AUGCGAAAAAGUGAUCAUUUUUUCGUAUUAUUUCUACUAGCAAUCGCCACUUUUCACGGUAAGUCUCAAUUUCUUUGCAUUUCUUUGCAUUUCUCUGCGUCUCGCCCCCAUUUCCCCGAUGGUUUUGAAACACUUGACCACAGUGCGUAUCCUCCUUUUUCUGCCCGCACUUUGAAACAGCAGACGGUUCCGACAGGAUCCAAUCUUCACUGUUUCGAACCACAAACGAACGUGAAAAGUUUGUGGCAGACAGCACUUUUUUCGAGUAACUUUUAGAUUGUUUUAGAUUGACUAGUGCCUUGUGCAGAGUUGAGCGGAAGAAUUUUUAUCUUUUUUAGAAAAUUUUUUCAUGAAAUGUGAUCAACUGACGAAAUGUAGAGCAAAGUGAACUGUGCUUAUAGAAAAAUAAUUGUAAAUUUAGCUUUUCAUACAAAAAAGUUAGGGCUAACGGAAGAUCACUAUUGUCUAGAAAGCUUGUAGCAGAGUUGAGCGGAAGAAUUUUUAUCUUUUUUAGAAAAUUUUUUCAUGAAAUGCGAUCAACUGACGAAAUGUAGAGCAAAGUGAACCCUACUCAUAAAAAAAUAAUUGUAAAUUUAGCUUUUCAUACAAAAAAGUUAGGGCUAACGGGGAAGACGGAAGGACAUUUUCACGCAACAACUCGAAUAACUUUUUUGUAUGAAACGCUAAAUUUACAAUUAUUUUUCUAUGCGCACAGUUCACUUUGCUAUAUAUUUCGUCAGUUGAUGACAUUUCAUGAAAAAAUUUUCUAAAAAAGAUAAAAAUUAUUCCGUGUUCUUACGUUGAGUUCUUCUGAGUUGAUUCUAUGAUAUCUGUGAGUAUUGUAGCGUCAGAAAAAUGCGAACUAUUUUGAACUUAUAGACCUCUGCUUUCAUGAUAGAACUUCGACAAAUUUAAGGUUUCUGUGGGACGUCACGCCUUCACAAUUCCCAGUCCCUCUAGGUUUUGCCGGCCCGUGUCCUGGGAGUUGGUCCUAGAUCCGUCAGUGUCUAUAUCUUGGGCCGGCCCAGGUGUUUCAAAGGCUUUUUGAGGCCUUCCAGCGGACCAAAACUUUGCAGUCUUCUUGGACUUGGAUUGAAGUGUAUUGGGUUCAAGUUUCAGGCCGAACGGACCAUCUGGUGCCGAGAUAUGUGGAUCAGAGGCCGGAAAUGGGGUAUAUCUCGGGACCAGAUGAUGGGAUCCAUCUAAAACUUGGACCCAACAUACUUCCAUCCAAUUCCAAGAGGCCUGCAAAGUUUGGUCCCGAUCCGAUCAUUGCAAGUGGUUGGCACCCGGAAAAAGUGUAGAAUGUGUUUGUAAGCGCGCAUCGAAACCUUGAGGAAAUGUUGCGUAAUUCCUCGUUCUCCGCCUAGUCCAAUUCCAACCGGAAUACCCGAAUCGAAUGUUCGAAAAUCGAAAGAAUUCCAUCGGAAAACGAGGAGGAAAAGACCUUGGAAACGAAUGAUAUUGUACUUUCCGAAGCUGGAUCUCUUUAUCAAUUCCAUUUUUUUUCUGUGAAGGGAUUCUCACGCACGUUUCACAAACUUUUCCGCUCAAAAAUUCAUUUCUUCUCAUUGUCCGGUGUAAUCACUGAAUUCUCCAUUUUUCCAGUCGUUUCGGCGGAAGAGGAAAACGAAUUGGAUGCUUCUGGAGACUCUCCGCCCGGAACCGUCGGCGAUGUGAUCGAGGAGGCCAAGACGGACGAAGACGACAAUAUCGAGUGAGGAUUACUGUAGUUUUGGGGGGUUACUGUAGGCUUUUAGUUGAAAUUUUCUUGAAAAUUUUUUUUUUAAAUUUUGAAAAAAAAUAUUCUCUUUUCAAAGGAAACUGUAAAUGAGGAUUUCCGUGACAGCAUUGAAAUAGUAGAAAAUUUGGACAAAAUAGAGUGGGUGAAACUGGAAAACGUUCAAUGUUUCAUUCCUUAUUGAAAAUUGAGCUGACCAACUUUGAACUGAUAUUGUCGACUUUUAAAUUUUUCCUAGGGUUUUACAAAAUUUUGUACACAAUCUUGACGUCUAGUAGAGCAUUUUUGCAGUUGACACUUUUGUUCUACGCCCACGCACUGGACUACUGUAGCUCCUUAAAGUUACAGCACUUUGAAGCCUCACAAAACUUCUAAAAGUGGGCGUAGAAAAAAGUGAUCAACUACAAAGUUGUAGCGCUUGAAAUUUACUAUAUUUUUGUAGUUGACACUUUAUUGAUACACUCACUCCCUGAAUUACUGUAGCUCUUUGUAAGGGCUAUAGUCCCAAAUCUCAUCAUUUUCUUCAGCAAAUCGUGCAAAGACCGUCACGAUCUCUGCAAAUUCUGGACGUCGAUCGGCGAGUGCAACACGAACAAAAACUGGAUGGAGGACCAUUGUGCGGUCUCGUGUGACGUGUGCAACGGGACGAGCACGUGCAUAGACCGUCAUCGGCUCUGCGGCUUCUGGGCGACGAUCCGCGAGUGCGAAACCAACGCCGUCUGGAUGCUUUCAAAUUGUCCGAAAGCGUGUAAAGCGUGCAAAGGACGUGCACAUUCGCAGGGCGGAAGUGGUCCCGGCGGAUCAUUCCGCGAGCACGAUUGCACUUUUAUCACCACCAACGAGGACACUUCUAUCAGAAAGGUUUGCGGCUACUAAAAUAACAGCAAAGUUUAAGGAAAUUUCCAGCAAAAUCCGCGUUUUUUUUUGAAAACUUUGAACGCAGCAUAAUACAUAAAUCAAUAAUUGCAGACGCUCUCGAUCCGUGACGUGCGCGACUCGAACGCCAAUUUCAAUUGUGCUCCGACUCAGGAGAUCCCCAAUUGCAAUCGUAAUUUGUGCUAUCAUUUGAGGUAAACUUGCUGAAAUCAACUUGAUUUGAAGUGGCGAGCUUCUGGGACCUGGUCCCCGCGGGAUCAUUAAAAAUGUGUUUCAAAUGUGCUACUUUUUGUUACACAUUUAAAAAAAAACCGUAAUGAAAAACUACUGUUUUUUUUCUGUUGUUUUCGUUGAAUAUUAUCCAUUUCCAGAUAUCGCACCUUCGACGGAACAUGCAAUAACCUCGAAAAACCCAUGAUUGGCUCCGCGUUCACCGCUUUGAUGCGGCUGAAAAAGCCAAUGUACGAUAAUGGACUGAAUGCUCCGACUUGUGAGUUUUUUGCCGAUUAAAAACUCUCAUUUUCCACUUUAUUUAUUGAAAAAUGCACUCUCCAGCAUCGUUCCUUCGGAGCAGACCGUCGGCUCGUGACGCCUCCAGGCUUCUUCUUUCGUCGUCUACCCAGGUAAACUUUGAAUGGAUAUUGUAGCAUUUUGAGACGUCCUAUAGCUUUCCCAUUGUUUUUGUGAAAACUUGAUGUCUAGUAGAGCAUUUUUGCAGUUUACACUUUUUCUCUACGCCCACUCGCCGGGGUACUGUAGUCCGCCAAAGUUGGGAUACCUUGAAAAACUUUCAAGAGCUACAGUAGCCCAGUACGUAGGUGUAGAGAAAAAAUGUCAACUGCAAAGUUGUAGUACCAGAUGUGAACUUUAUUUUUGUAGUUGACAACUUUUUGGUACCUCCACUCCCAGGGUUACUGUAGCGGUUUGAAAUUGGCAUAUGCGGCCACAACUUCCAAGAGCUACAGUACCCCAGCGAGUGGGCGUAGAGAAAAAGUGUAUACUGAUAAAAUGCAGUACUAAAUGUCAAAAUUACGUUGGAAACGGUAUUCAAGUCAAGGAAGGUCUCAGAAGUCUACAAUAUUCGUUCAACGCCGACCAAUUGGAAAUGUUUUCAGAUCCAACACCAUUCGAACGCUCUUCUCAUGCAAUGGGGUCAAUUCAUUGCGCACGAUUUGUCCAAAACUACCAUGCUCAACAAUCAGGUUGGAAACACAACUUUUAGAACUUUUAGAACAUUUAUAUUGUCUGUUUCAAAAGUGGGAAAAAAUUGUGCAAUUAUAUAAACAGUUAUUGAGUUUUUUUUUCUCGAAUUUCAUACCUACAAUAUCAGUUUUCAGGAAUGUGCCGCUUGUACUUCGAACAAAGGAAGAUGCACUUCUGUUUUCCUGUCCCGAUCUGAUCCAACGUAAGACAACGAUAAUAUUUGGUCUUUUUUCUUUGAAUCGAUAUUGUAGACUUCUACGACGUCCUGGGGUUCCAGAAAAUUUUCUGUGAAAUCUUGACGUCUAGUAGAGCAUAUUUGCUCUUGACACUUUUUCUCUACGCCCACUUCCUGGACUACUGUAGCUCCGCAAAGUUGGAGCACUUCUAAGAGCUACAGUAACCCAGGGAGUAGGUGUAGAAAAAAAUGAUCAAUUACAAAUUUGUAGUACUUAAAAUUUACUAUAUUUUUGCAGUUGACACUUUUUCUCUACACCCACGUACUGGGUUACUGUAGCUCUUGGAAGUUUUUCAAGGUAUCCCAACUUUGCCGAGCUACAGUACGCCAACGCGUGGGCGUACAAAAAAAGUGUCAAGAGCGAAAAUGGUCUACUAGACGUCAAGAUUAUGUACACAAAUUUCUAGAACGCUCCCCACACAAUAUCCAUUAAAAAUUCACCCACCCGCGUCGUUCUCUUCAGAUUCGGCCGUUUCAUGUGCCUUCCGGUCGCGCGUUCGACCCCGGUCUGUGGGACCGGCGUCACCAAUUUUCGGGAACAAUUCAACGAGAAUACCGCUUUUAUCGACGGGUCUAUGGUUGGUUUUCGGCUCAAAAUCCGGAAUUUAAAAAAAAAACGAAUAUUGUAGAUUUACGGAAGCAGCGAUCGUGAUCAGUUUCUGUUCCGUCAGGGCGCUUUUCUCAAGACCAAACUGAUCAAUAAUCGCGUUUUUCCGCCAGUCGGUACGUUUCGCAACCGGUUGCAAAGUGUCCUGAACCGGAAAUUUUGCAGACAAGAACAAUAAUGUGGUGGCCGGAGACGAUCGUGCGAACAUUUUCGUCGGUUUGGCCUCCCUUCACGUUUUGUACCUCCGACAACAUAAUCGGUGAGUGACUCUAGGCAUACUGUACACAAAAAAUACAAUUAUACGCUUAACAGCUGGAUUGUACAAGUUUUGUGCACGAAAAAUUUGUGGCAAAGUUGAAAUCGUGAAAAAAAGUAUACAUUUUUACAUUUUCCCCAGAAUUUCAUGGGAUUACUGUAGAUAUUGUCGUUGUUUUUGAUGGGAAAAAAGUUUAGAAUCGCGGCGACCCUGCAACGAGUCAACCCGCAUUGGGAUCAAGAACGAGUCUUCCACGAGUCGCGCAAAAUUAUCGGAGCCAUGAUUCAACGGAUCACGUUUACGGUAAGGGGCGAGGAUUACUGUAGUUUGAAUGACGUUGCACGUAUUCUUGACAUUUAGCCCUACAACUUUUCAGUUGACACUUUUUUUGUACACCCACGCAUUGGAGUACUGUGGCUCUUUGAAGUUCGCGUACCGUGAAGCCAGCGCGCGCAGAAACUUUGAAACGCUACAGUAGCCCAAUGCGUAGGCGUAUCAAAAAGUUGUCAACUACAAAAAUAUAGUAAAUUUCAAGCGCUACAACUUUUUAGUUGAUCACUUGUUUCCACGUCCACGUUUAAGGCUACUGUAGCCGUUUAAAGUUUGCAUAGAAUUUUUUUUUGCAGGAAUACCUGCCAAAAGUGCUGGGAGUGGCGUUCGAGGAGCGGAUCGGCGCGUACCCCGGCUACGACGCGACGACGGAUCCGUCGGUGGCGAACGAGUUCACCUCGUGCGCGUUCCGCUUCGGCCACGGCAUGAUCCAGGAGUUCUAUCCGUUUUUGAACGAGAAAUUCGUGCACGUCGGCGGCAUUCCGUUCAACGACGGCAUGUUCAAAUCGACGCACAUUUUGACGAACGGAAUCGACCCGCUCCUGCGCGGACUCAUGACGCUGCCCGCGAAAAUGCCGCAGAGAUUGACGCCGGCGGUUACGGAACGUAUUUUCGGAAAUUCCGAUCUCGGAUCCAUCAAUAUUCAACGAGGAAGGUACGGUUUCUAGUGGGACCAACUCUCAACUGAUAUUGUACACUUCUAGGUGGUCUUUUUUCUGACUAGUGAGCUACGGUUUCAAAAACGUGCCAAAUUAAUGCGAUUUUAAACAUUUUUCCAUUCAUUGGUCGAGAUUUUUAGAGACCACGGAGUUCCGCCGUACACAGUUUGGCGCAAAUUCUGCGGACUUCCAGAAGUGAAGGAUUUCGAGGAUUUGAAAAAGGUCAUCACGAAUCAGAUUGUCGUCGAAAACCUCAAAGUCGUCUACAAACACGUUGGUGAGGCUUUUUCCGCUACAAAAGUGACCAAAACCGCUAUUUCUUGGCUGCGAGUGGAGAUAUCGAGAAGUGGUCAACUGAUAAAAUGUGCACAAUUUUAUAAUGAACAUUUUGUCAGUUGACAACUUUUUGAUAUCUACACCGGCAGCAGAGAUAUGUUGUCCGAAACAAACGGAUUUUUGAAAAUGCCUCAAAAAAUCGAAACAGUACAAAUCGAUUGAUUUUGCAGACGCGAUCGACAUGUACGUGGGCUCUUUGCUCGAGGAUCCGGUCAAAGACGCGCUGGUCGGACCCACUUUGGCGUGCAUCAUUGGCGAACAGUUCAAGAGGAGCCGCAAUGGCGACAGGCGAGUUAUCACCAUUCUUUCUCUUCGCCAUUUCUCGCUUUUUCCAGAUUAUGGUACGAAAAAGAGAAGGUAUUCUCCGGCGAACAACUCGUCCAACUCAAAAAGAUCACAAUGGCGCGUGUGCUGUGCGACGCCGGAGACCACUUUCCGAUGGUGCCGCGCAAGGCGUUCGCAGUCUUCAAACCGACCGCUUCCACUCUUGUCAAGUAAGUUCCAGACGGGAGUUUAGGACAAAUCGAUAGAGAAUUUCUCGCUCUACAUUUUGUUAGUUGAAAGUUUUCGCGUAUCUCCAACGCCCGCGGAGUUUUGAGCCAAAAACCAACAAAUGUCCGUAUUUUCAGAUGCGAAGAGAUUCCGGAUCUCGACUAUAAUGCGUGGAAAGAAGAGCUCACAGUUUGA